GUGCGCGCAGAACGGCUGCUUUUAAACACGUCUUCAAACAGAAGCGGGAGGAAAAGCACCUGGGAGGUGAUGAUGAGCGGAAGAGAAAACAGUCGGCGCAGAGGUCACAGGUCACCACGGGCUCCCCUGCAGCAGUUUCACUGCAGCCAGGCCAGGGGCACUCUGGUGUGUGCCACCCUCCCAGCCAGACAGACGGCAGGAUAGACAGACGGCUGCCUCGCCGACCACCGCGCACGAUGGAGGCCCUGUGUUUGCAGCCCUUGGUGGAGGAUAAAGUGAUGAUGCAGGAGGACGAGCUGGGGAAACGGAGCGGGGAGGAGGAAGGAGGCGCGACGGAGGCCUCGUCUCCGGCUGAGUCCACCACAGAGGAGGAAACGGAAGAGGACUCGGAGCCCGAGCCGCCGGUGGUCGUGCGCAGGAAGGUGUCAUUCGCUGACGCCUUCGGCCUCAACCUGGUGUCAGUCAAGGAGUUUGACAAUGUUGAAGUUACGGAGGCAGAGGUCAGCCAGUCACCUAAGGGGGAGGCAACCCAUCCUUUACAAGAGUUUUACAUGAGUUGUCUGUUUACAGUCCCUUCAUCCCCAGAGGAGCUGGACCUGAGGUUACAGGCACAGAUGGUGGAGCUGGAAAGCAUUGAGCUUCUCCCAGGGACCACCACACUGCGCGGUAUCAUCAGGGUGGUCAACGUCUGCUACACCAAGUUUGUUUAUGUCCGUCUCAGUCUGGAUCAGUGGAACAGCUACUUUGAUCUCCUCGCGGAGUACGUGCCUGGAUCCAGUGACAUAAAAACAGACCGGUUUACCUUCAAGUACACACUGGUUCCUCCUUUCGGUAGGGAAGGCACUAGAGUGGAGUUCUGCCUGCGCUAUGAAACAUCAGGGGGCACUUUCUGGGCCAACAACAAGGAUAUGAACUAUGUCCUGUUCUGCCACCAGAGAGGACUAAUGAAGGAGCAAGGGCUUCAAGUGGGCGAGGAAAGUGCCAGCCACAAGAGGAGCUGUCUCAAAGCUAAGAGGAGGGGAAGUUUAAAGAACAAGAUCAUUACCGUUAACACAGCAACACAGCUAGCAGAAACCGACGCCGCAUUUAAAACGGCGGAGGGUGACAGGAGGACAGCUGACUACCCAGAGAUCCAGGCGUCACACUGUAAAGAACACAAACGUUUGGUGUGUAGCAGGAGAAACCAGGACAGAGCGACACGUGAGGCAUGUGUGAAGGACUACUUGUCCCAGAGGAGGCAACAAAUGCCACAGGCUUGCUCACCUGACUCAGCCAGUGGCCAGAAGGUCUCUCAGCCUGCGCUGGUUCCGUUAACCCAGUCUGACGGCUUUCUCUAUAAGUGUCAAAAGAAGCAUUCGAACGAGGUCCUCACCUACCACCAGAUUCCUCUCAUGACGCUAGACUGGAACAACGAUAAACAGCGGGAGUGGGAGAAUUGUGACAUGGACGACAUCUGGUUUAGGGGAGAAAAGCUGACCUUGGCAGGAGCAUUGCAGAGGGACAUAGAAGAUAGAGGUCCUGGUAAUAAUAUGUGGGAGAGCCUUCUUAACGGCACUGAUGAAAACGCCGAUAAAGGAUCCUCAGUGUGUGAGGUAUGGCAGGCAUUUCUUAAUGGGCCAGAUUGUAAGGACCAUUCUGGUGUUCCGGAGUCAGAAUGGCUGCAGACAGCGGCGUCUGUGUCUCCCUCAAACCACGAGAAGCCCCAGAACCGAUGCGUAUCAAGCAGUGAAGGGUUUCAAAAAUCCCAGGUAGGGACAGAUACACCCCCGACCUUACAUGCACGCGCCUUGGCUGCAUGUCAGCUGCUGUCUGCCAUUCGAGAAACUCAGCUGGCUGACGUGUCCUUGAGCGCUGAAGACCACCAGGCAGCGGAGGGAUGUGGCAGGAGCACGGGGGAUGACAACACAGUGUCACAAGAUGCAUCCCAAAGGUCACAGACAAAGACUGUUACAGACACUCCACAGGAAUUUAGCCUCAAGGGGGCAACACCUGUGUCCGAAGGUUCUGUUGACAGUUCAACUAAGUGUCACAAGCAUGCGAUUUGGGAGCGAGAAAGAGAAGAAAUAAUAGGAGAAGCAGGAGCAAUAGGAGAAGAUGAGCCCUUCACACUGCACAUAGCUGACUUAGUAACAAGCUCAGGGGAGUCGAAGACAACAGACAUGACAGCAAUGCCAGAGUCUCCGAAUGCCAGGGCUGUUGAUAGGAUCUCACAGGGAGCAAGGCUGCAUGAAGGUCUUUCUUCCAGCCGAGAAAAGGGUGUUACAGGUACUGCACACAAUGCAACGGGUGACACGCUGGCAUUUAAGGAGACAAUCAGACAGGGGACAAAGGAUGGGGAGGGGUUUGUCGCUUCCACAUCCAGGCGAGCAGCAGAGGAAAAGAUUGUGAUGAAUCGUAAGGAAAAUGGAGUAUCUGCAGAAGAGGAGAUAUUUAGGCCACUGAAAACGGAGGAGUGUGAAAUCUCCCAGAGCUAUGUAGAUGAAAAGGAAUGUGAGGAGUUUAGGAUGAGCCAAAAUGAGGGAAGUGAAAAUGAAAUGGGACCUCUGCAGCCACAUGGAGAUGGAGUCAAUCGGAAACAAUUAUGUGAGGAGAGUUGUGCGGUGAAACCUAAAACAGAGGAGCAUGUAUUAGUCUCAAAUCAGACAGAGGAAGAGAAGUGCCUGAGUGGGCUGCUACGAGAAACAAACCCAUCAUCACACACAGCGCACUCAAGUGACGAGAUGAAGGUCUCGCAAUGUGACCGUGAUAGAAUCAGACCUUUCUCAGCAGAUAAAGGCGUCCCGAACCCCGUGGAGGUGGUCAAAGCGAGAUGGACUCAUUCACAGAAGGAUGACGCUAGCGCAGUAACUCCAGAAGAAAUUACAGUGAAGGAGACCGUUGCCCAGAAAGACACUUUAACAGAAGCUCGACGCCAACGCGCGCCAUUAAGAAGAACAGAGGAAUAUAUGAGUCAGAGAGGCGAAGAUGAAAGGGUCAGUGUUGGAAAGUUGGAAAUAGACGCAAUGGCGGAGCUGAUGGGUAACGUGGACGGCCCUUGGGAGGAGAGGGAGAACACACUGGCUGAAUUGAAAGAACAAGAGUUGUCAGCAGAAGUUGAGACGCAUCAACCUGUUGAGAGUAAGAUAUUGUCUGAGGCAACAAAAGACCCCAUUACAGCAGAAAAUACUGUAGCACAUGAAGUGAUGGAGUCGGGACUAGAGGGGACGCUCAUAGAAAGAUUUGCAGAAGACUUGGUCAGGGGGAUUUGUGAAGAGGUUUUCAGUUGGAAAGAGCCAGACUGUAAUAGAGACACAAAUACUGUUGGUAAAACAGAGGGCGGCAUGGCGGGUACACCUGAUACUACACACGAUUGCCAUGUUCUCGGUGAGAAAGGCUUCAAUGGUGCUUUGGAUUCUACUGUAUUUUCAUUUUCAACAGGUCCAAAUGUGAGUCUCUGCCAAGUCCCAAAGCCGAACACAGCGACUAGAAGCAACAAACGCUCCCCAAGAGGAAAAAGCCAGUCACUGGCCACAGCAGAUCCAGCCCAUUCUCCCUCUGAAUUACAGACAGAUUUCAGUUCAAGUGCUCAUCUCAGUCAAGAUCUCAGCGCCACUUUAGCAGCCCAAAGUGGGCCGUCACUGACUGAAUCAGCCGCAGCUCUCAGCUCUGGAAGGAACCAGGAAGGCAGCUAUCGAAUAAAGAAACGAUCAGUCGCCCACCAAGAGGCUGGGGGACAAACAGAAGCCCAAAAGGAGAGAUUUAAUCAGUCAGCUCCCCCAUCCCACAAACAUCUGAGCAACUCCUCCGAGACACUAAAAGAGUCAGGGGGUCUUAUAUCCUGGACUAUAUUAUGCAGCCUCAGUCACAUUACCAGGCUCCUCGUCUGUGCCCUGUUAGUCGUUGGAUCCUUUGUCCUUGCUUUCCUCUACGAUCUGCCAGCGUUCUUUGCACUCUACAUAUUUUCACUGUGCUACUGGUGGUACAAAUGGAGGCGACGCCAGGCAGCAACAAACAAGGCGAUGACAGGGUAGGCUCAAAGAUGACAGGGAGGAUGUUAGAGUGUAGCAGCAUUAUAACAUCAACGCUCUACGUCAUUGUUAGGGAAACUGUGUUCUAUGAUUCAUACUUUUAUACAGUACAUUCAGAAAAAAAACAAAGGGUGUUUCAGUGUUUUGUUGAUAUAUAUGAAUGCCUCUUUAAUAAGUGACCUUAGUCUAGUGCUUUGCCAUUUGUUUUGACUUUCACACUUCUCUCACCUAAAGUGUAUGAUACUUUUCAUUAUUGUCACUGUCAAUAUUGUAUUCUUCAAUGUCCUGUUGGUGUUUUUGCUCCAUCAAAGUAGUUUAGUUAGGAUAUAAUCUAUCUUUUUAUUUUAUGAACAACUGCCUCCAAAUACGAACAAUGAAUACAAACUGUAACUAAGGCUAUUAACUUUCUGCAAAACAACAUAAACCACUGGGUCCAUUCACAGUCCAGAGGAACUGCAGUUUCAUGAUUUUGACUUCAAAGGUUGUUUUACAUAUAAUGAAGUCAUUUCAAAUAGUUUAAUAUGAGCAGCAUAUCAGGAUUUAAUUGACUUAAGUAUUCUUGUAGUAGCAGGCGUCCAUGGUGAUAAUCAAAUGAAUAAACUCUUGACUGCGCUGUGGGUCUUUAAAGAGAAUUUGAGCUUG